AUGAAACGUUUCAGUGGGUAUGAUUGUACUAUCUCUUUUCCAGCACUUCUGCUCGAGCUUAACGAAGAGGGAAGCAAUAACGAUGGCUUCGAGCAAACGUUUGGUAAUUACACCUUCAAAGAUCAAAAUGAGGCUCACUUGUCAAAAGGUCUCAUGAACAAGUUUGACUAUAGAUCGCUCAGUAAUGCUGAAGAAGUAAAGGACACAUAUAAGACUGACAAUGGUGAUGCCAUCAAGGCUGUUAAAUGCGGAAAGUGUGUAUGCUUUGACUAUGAUGGUUUUGUAAUAGUAUCAACACGGAGGAUAAUAGAAGGCGGUAAUGUUGAUGAGCGUGUACUUAAGAGACCCAACCAAAAGACAGUACUAACUGCAAGACGUACCACGUUAACCGAAAGUCAGAAGCAAAUCAUCGGGAUCUUGUUGAGAAGACGAUGCAAACUGGAAGCACUCUCAGUCCAGUCCGUGUCUGGAGGUGAAGAAAUUUGAAAAUAAACAGUGGGUGUUGCAAGAAGUACUCGUUUUAUAGCAAGACGUCAGUGUGUGAUGUGCUAUGAUUGACGAGGAAAGUUAUUUCUGAUCACAUAUACAUAUUUUUUUUUUUUACAAAGAAAUAAAAUUUAUCUAGAGACUUUGUGAUUACU